ACUACUACCGCUCUGUAUCCUUUAUUAGGCUUUGUUAUCUUGUGUGUUCAACGAUUUCAUUCUGGCUGCCAGACGGCGCGAUAGCUAUAUCGAUUGAUAACAUAUGCUCAUUUCCGCAGCAACAAGAGCCUCUAUAUCUACCAUGGUUAGCAGUUAAUAUUAAGCUAUUGAAUGAAUCGACUGCAUACCUUAUACAGUCUUGCAUUCGCCGCUUCUUUUGCUUCUCUAUCCGAGGGGAAGAGAACAAAAAACUGAAGAAAAAAACAAGACAACCCCACUGGCCGCAGCCUAAUUGAGCGCUCUCCUAUGCGAUGAUUAGGGGAUGAUUCUCGCAUAUGAAUGAGUUUGCAUUACCGAAUCUCUCUGAUGAGAGUGGCCGGCGAGAAGAGAUAUAUGGCCCUGGAGGCCAGGAGGAACAGGCCGACGAUGGGGAGGGCGAUGAGGGUGACGAGGGCGACCACCGCCACCAAAAAGCAGGCGAUCUCGGCGGCGGAGGGGGACCAGGAGGCGAAGAGGAUGACCUCUCCUUGGUCGAAGACGGUGAGAUUCAUCAUGGUGGUGCUUUCAGCGCAAUUUCACGAUGUUUGACCGGGAGAAAGAAAGAAAUUUGCGUGCGCCAUCUGCGAAGAUCUUUUGCCCCGCCGAGGACGUUCCUUCUUCUUCCACAUUGGGAAGGCGCAGGUCUCUUCCGCUUUAGACACAGUAUAGCGCUCAACUGCUCUGCACUAUUAUUUGACACAAGAGUUAUGCUAAGGUACCCAGGCGCCCAUGGCACACGAUGGUUGCAGCAUCCAGAUAUUGUAGUAAAUGCGUGUUAUAUCUAGGCAGUCACUGCACUGAGAAAUGGGAGCAGUCAACGGCUUCAAUGCCUACCGAAAAGCCCAACGGGUUGCCACGAACUCUCUUCAUAACC